AUGUCGCUUAAAGAAAAUGGGCCCCGUCCCGCCACCGACACUCUUCCCGCAGCCGCUAUGCCAGCUGACCAGGAACUCAAGUCUAGACCAACACGGAUUGGCAGGGGACUUCCUUUGCACGAACGCAAAGUCUACCAGAACUUAGCUCGAAACACCCCGCGGGUGCAGGGACUUACGUUCGAUCACAACCAAAUCCGCUGGAUCUCCUACUGGAAGAAUGACCAGAACAAGCAGGUACAGAAGCAUUUCCCUGUGAGCCGCUUCGGCUUUUUCGGAGCCCGAUUGAUGGCUCUUGAAGAGAGAAAUCGGAUCCAAGGGUGGCCCCUCUUUGCAGACGAAGCUUUUCAUUUGGUCGAGGGACUAAAGGUAUUCGCAAAGUCUAAUCCGGAAUGUGCAGCCGUCCUCUUACAAGGAGGAGAGCUUGACCCAAUAACUGGAGAGAUACAUCUAAAUUUGUAUGCAGAGCAAGUCCUGGAAUCAUGUUCAGUGACGCUAGAAGAGCGCAUAGCAGCAUCGUUGGCUACUGGCCUGAGGGCUCUGCCACCACAGGCGGAAGUAGCAGGACGCUACCAACGCCGGGCAGCCACAGUAACUAACCGCCAGCCUGUACCAGUCCCCUCUUCUCACGAAGACGAUGAUUGGCACGCUCAGCGAAAGGCGAUGGUUGGUGUGGCAACUCGACGUCAGCGGACAGCUCGCCUACGAACAGCUGCUAGGCGAAAUCAGAUUGCGCCAAAUACUGGAGAACGACGCACUACCGCAGCACAGGUGGCAGAAUACGAAGCGAAGGAGCGAGAAGCUGCUCCCUCUAUGACGAGAGCCGAAUUGCCACAAGAGUCAGCUGACACUGGGAUUUUGCCCUAUGUGGACUUCUUGGCUCACGCCUGCGCCCUGUCUACAGCAGCACUCCAAGGAGAGACUGUAAGCCAGUUACAGCCAGUUUACUGCGAGGAGGGUAUCCUGCCAUCUCAGAGGAAUCACUGCGAAGCCACCGAGGUCCCACCUGAACUCGCACAUUUGGUCACCACCAGCAUGGUGUUCCUCGGGGCAGGGGCUGACUCUUCAGGAGGCAGCCGUCUCGUGUCCGUGGCUUCCACGAGUUGUGAAGAGCCCGAGCAUCUCGCGGACUCAAGUGUGUUUGUUGAACAUGAACCAGAUGCGCUCCGAGACCUACUAAACUGCAACAUAUCCGCGCCGACAGCUACUGGUGUGGACUGGGACGCCGAAGGCUCAAACACGGCAACAAUUGUUGACGUCAGCAGGCCUACAAAGAAUCCCAUCCUCCGUCAUGUCCGUCCCUACUAG